AUGCAAGACCCGUCUCGGCUGAACAAGAGAGCAACAAAAUUUUUGGAGGAGUUUAGGGAAGCUCAACAACACCUGGCGAUCCAAACAUCCAUUGCUAGAGAAGUCCAGUGGAGCCCACCGUCGAAAAAUGGAUUUAAGCUAAACUUUAAUGCAACCAUUUUUGAGGAUUUAAAUGCAUCGGGGUUCGGUGCAGUUAUACGCAAUGAGGAGGGCGAAGUGAUGGCAACCUUGGCAACGAGAGGACCACCCGUUUCUGAUUGUGAGGAGGCUGAGGAGUUGGCUUGCCGCAAAGCCUUGGAGUUUGCUAUGGAUGCGGGUUUCAUCAAGCUUCUCAUAGAGGGUGAUAAUGUGUCAGUCAUGCGGACCAUUUCACGCUCACAGCCUAACAGUUCACGUUUGGGACACUUGUAUGAGGAUAUCCAAUGUUUAUGCAUAGGCCUACGAGCCGUGUCAGUUGGGUGGGUAAGCCGUACAACCAAUGGUAUGGCUCAUUGUUUAGCAAAGUUUGCUAGAGGGAUUGUUGAUGAGAUUGUAUGGAUGGAGGAAUCACCCCCCCCCUACUCUAGAAGCUCUGUAUUUGGACUUGGCUAA